AUGCACUUAAUUGCAUAACAACCUUUGCAACCCUUUCUAACAAAUAGCAAAAUUUGUUAAACGAUGGAAGUAAUGUGUGGUGCCAAAGUUGGCAAAAUGGUCCAUAAGGCCAAGCCAUAUGUGUUAACUGUGGGGUUGCAAUUUGGGAUGGCGGGGACAUACCUCUUCACCAUGGCCAGUUUGAACCAUGGAAUGAGUCGUUUGGUGUUCAUUGUGUAUCGCAAUGCCAUUGCGGCGCUGGCCCUUGCUCCCUUUGCCUUGAUCUUUGAAAGGAAAGUUAGGCCAAAGAUGACAUGGACGGUCUUCAUACAGAUAUUAGUACUUGGAUUUCUUGAGCCAGUGGUUGACCAAGGAUUCACUUUCUUGGGGAUGCAAUACACUUCAGCUUCCUUUGCGUCCGCUGUUAUGAAUGCCGUACCCUCCGUAACCUUUGUGCUUGCAGUAAUUUUCAGGUUAGAGCGUAUAAAAAUAAGGGAAUUACGCAGUCAAGCAAAAGUAAUCGGAACCUUAGUAACCUUUGCUGGGGCAUUGUUAAUGACACUAUACAAAGGCCCUCAGUUUGACCUAUUUCAUCAUUCAAACACAGCCCACCAGCAAGGUGGAAGCCACUCCACUCAGAAUCACUCACACUGGGUCGCCGGAACUCUCUUCAUUUGCCUUGGUUGUCUGGCUUGGUCUUCCUUCUACAUAUUGCAGUCCAUAACGGUGAAAAGGUACCCUGCGGAACUAUCACUCUCAUCCUUGAUAUGCUUUGCGGGUGCUUUGCAAAGUGCCGUGGUUGCUCUGAUUGCAGAUCAUAACCCUCGAGCAUGGGCUAUCGGUUUCGACUACAGCCUCUAUGGUCCUCUAUACACUGGAAUAAUGAGUUCUGGAAUAGCAUAUUAUAUACAAGGGUUGGUAAUGCAAAGCAGAGGUCCAGUGUUUGUAACAUCCUUCAAUCCUCUUUGCAUGAUAAUUGUUACUGCUUUGGGUUCCCUCCUUCUAGGAGAACACCUCUACCUGGGAAGCAUCAUUGGAGGCAUCAUUAUCGCAGUGGGUCUAUACUCUGUGGUGUGGGGAAAAGGCAAAGACUAUAAAGAAGACAUGUCAUCACCAGCAACAACAAAAGAAACAGAAACAAUGCAGCUUCCGAUUACCUCACCAAAUAAUAAAUAACAGAGACUUUGCGUUAACUUAUAGAAACGAAAUUUACAUAGUAAUUCGAUCGACUUAUGUUGGCGGAAGUGACCGAUGAUAGCGUAAUAUGCAAAUCAUAUAGUGAUUUGUUGUGCUGGUGUGGGCACUAUAUUUAGCCAUGUUAAGUUGAAACAAGACUUUGUUUAAGUUAAUACUAAUUUGUUAGAAAGUGUUUUGCUAUCGUUAGUUAUACCAAGAGUUUAUAUUGUUAAUCAAUGUGCAAUUCUAUUUGCUUCUUGC